GUCAUUAGUGAUUGGCUUUCUUAUAUUCUGUGAUUCGCAAGAUUAGACCUCGAUGUUAGGUAUAUUUGCCUUUCUUCUGGUAUUGUAUUUUAUAUGCCGCAAUCUGCUGAUGUCCACACCAUUUUAUUGGAUUCAAAUCAAUUUUUAUUCCCUACCCUCUCAACGUAACCUGUGGUUGCGCCUAGCAAUUCUUAGUUGCUAAGUUCUACCAUCUAAUGCCAUUGAAUUGGCCUUGAAGUUUCUUCAUGAUUCUGUUAUGUCGUGGAUCGAAUCAGCGGCUCAUGUUUAAUUGCUGCCGGGGGAAAAUAAGGGCGCGGGUUUGAUACUUGUGAAAUGAAUCUGUGGAGCAGAGGCACGGCCAAACUUAACUUGAUAGGGGUAUAGAGGCGCAGCCCCCGUAACCACGUGGAAGAAGGCUGAUUCUGUAUGCCUAUAAUGUUAUUCCUUUGCGAUGCAGUUUAAUGAAUUGAUCACACCGAUUGAACCACAUUGAUAAGCGAGUUCUUUUUAAUUCUAUAUUCACUUUCUUGCAAGAAGCUUAACAAACGAGGUAAAGUUACUAAUUCAUUCCAAAAGAGGAAUUGCCUUAGUUAUCUUGAGCUUGGUUUUUUUUUUAGGGAAGGAUUGCCUAUUUGACAGAGGGAAGAGAAGUAAGAGGUGACAGAGAAGCAUGCACCAUAUACCAGCCUAAACUACUUGCAAGUUGCUAGAAUAUGGAAGUCAACUCCCUGAGUUUGGUUACUUGAGAAGGCAAAAUACUAUGUACCAACUCAGAUGUUUGCGGGCUUAUUAAAACUUGAUUAACUGACAUGACUCUCUUACUUCCCCUGCCGCCCCAAAGGAAAAGUUAAUUUAUCGGUUCCACGUUCCUUAUGCAGCAAGCGUAUGAAUGAUGUAAUUGAUUACUUCAUCUUCAUUUGAUACCAGUACCGUUGGUCUAUACAUAUGCAUGAGCAUAUAGCAUUCCAGUUUUUCUUCAGAGUUGACAUUUGUGCCUACACUCUCACAUAUGGCUGAGCUAAUUGGAACGGAAUCAGAUGGUAUAGAAUCCAUUAGAAACGAGAUAUCAGAGCUAGGAAGGAGCCUCAGAUCAUCAUUUCGGCUUCAUGCUUCGAGUUUUCGAAGCACCUUGGCUGUGAGCACAACAGAAGAUGAUACCAACGAUGAAUACGAUCUCCAAUGGGCUGCCAUUGAGAGGUUACCAACUUUUGAGCGGUUGAGGUCGUCACUGUUUGAUAGUGAGAUCGAUGGAAAGGCGGUUGAUGAUAAAGGAAAGAAAGUGGUUGAUGUUACCAAGCUUGGUGCAUUGGAGCGUCAUUUUUUCGUACAGAAGCUCAUCAGGCAUAUUGAGAAUGACAACCUUAAUUUGUUGCGCAAGAUUAGAGACAGAACAGAAAAGGUUGGUGUCAAAUUGCCCACCAUAGAAGUCAGAUAUCUGAAUAUAUGCAUUGAAGCAGACUGUGAGAUAGUUCAAGGAAAGCCCCUGCCCACUCUCUGGAAUUCUCUAAAGAGCAUGCUUCCUGGUAUCCCUGCAAUGCCAGGUUCAAAGUUACGGAAGGCUAAAAUAAGCAUCAUUAAGGAUGUCAGUGGAAAUAUAAAGCCCGGAAGAAUGACUCUACUGCUUGGACCGCCUGGAUGUGGGAAAACUUCCUUUCUAAAGGCUCUGUCAGGGAUUCUAAGCAAAUCGCUUGAGGUCACUGGAGAAAUAUCAUAUAAUGGCCAUAAGCUUGACGAGUUCAUCCCCCAAAAAACGUCUGCUUACAUAAGCCAGUAUGAUCUGCACAUUCCAGAAAUGACUGUGAGGGAAACACUGGACUUCUCUGCCCGUUGUCAAGGUGUUGGAAGCAGAGAAGAUAUCAUGAUGGAGAUCAGCAGAAGGGAGAAGGAAGCAGGAAUUGUUCCAGAUCCUGAUAUAGAUACUUACAUGAAGGCAAUUGCUCUCAAAGGACUUAAAAGAACCCUUCAGACAGACUACAUUUUAAAAAUCCUAGGGCUGGAUAUCUGUGCAGACACAUUGGUUGGAGAUCCCAUGAGAAGAGGAAUAUCAGGUGGUCAAAAGAAGAGAUUGACUACAGCGGAGAUGAUUGUUGGCCCUAAUAAAGCUCUAUUCAUGGAUGAAAUAACGAACGGCUUGGACAGUUCGACGGCCUUUCAGAUUGUUUCUUGUCUUCAGCAACUAGCACAUCUGACAGAUGCCACUAUACUGGUUUCGCUUCUUCAGCCUGCGCCAGAAACAUUUGAUCUUUUUGAUGACCUUAUUCUGAUGGCUGAAGGGAAAAUUGUGUACCAAGGCCCUCGUGAUCAAGCUCUGAAGUUUUUUGAGGAUUGUGGUUUCAGGUGUCCUGAAAGAAAAGGGGUUGCUGAUUUCCUCCAAGAGGUUAUAUCUAGAAAAGACCAAGCACAAUAUUGGCAGCAUCCUGAGCUACCGUACGGUUAUAUAUCGGUCAAUAUGUUCUGUAAAAAGUUCAAGGAAUCUUAUUAUUGGAUGAAGCUAGAUCAGGAGCUUUCAGACACAUUUGAUAGGUCCAAAAUCCACAAAAAUGCUCUUUCUUUCAACAUAUACUCUCUGUCCAGAUGGGAACUUCUGAGAGCAUGCAUGGCGAGGGAACUUCUUCUCAUGAGGAGAAAUUCUUUUAUCUAUGUUUUCAAAUCAGUACAGCUUAUUUUCGUUGCAUUUAUCACGAUGACGGUAUUCUUGCGGACUCGGAUGGGAUUAGAUGUUUUUCAUGCCAACUACUAUAUGGGCUCUCUGUUUUAUGCGCUAGUCAUACUCCUCGUUGAUGGAUUUCCGGAAUUGGCAAUGACCGUUUGGAGGCUAGCAGCCUUCUAUAAACAAAAGGAGCUGUGCUUUUACCCUGCUUGGGCUUAUGCAAUUCCAGCAUCUAUACUGAAAAUUCCUCUUUCGCUGCUGGAAUCUGUGGUUUGGACAUCUCUUACAUAUUAUGUGAUUGGAUACAGUCCUGAGGCAGGCAGGUUCUUCCGCCAAUUAUUACUUCUUUUCUCUGUGCACUUGUCCUCAAUAUCCUUGUUCCGUUUUCUUGCCUCAAUCUUUCAAACUGUUGUUGCUUCCACCACAGCUGGUAGUGUUGCAUUACUGAUUUUGAUGCUUUUUGGUGGUUUCAUCAUCCCAAAACCCUCUAUGCCUGCUUGGUUGAAGUGGGGUUUCUGGGUCUCUCCACUAACAUAUGGAGAAAUUGGACUUUCUGUUAAUGAAUUUGAUGCUCCACGAUGGCAAAAGAUAUUGUCAUCAGACACUACAGUAGGGAGUGCAACCCUUGAAAGCCGAGAACUAAACUUUGAUGGGUACUUCUUUUGGGUAUCAAUUGGUGCCUUAUUGGGAUUUACCUUACUGUUCAACAUUGGUUUCACUUUGGCCUUAACUUUCUUGAAGCCUCCGGGAUCAUCACGUGCUAUCAUUUCACGUGAGAAGUACUUGCAUAGUCGUGAAACUGAAGAUUCUCAUGACAGCAUAAAGCAUGAAGAGCCAAAGAAAGUUUCUGCUGAACCUAUAAAAACAAAAAAUGGCAGGAUGGUUUUACCUUUCACACCAUUGACGCUCGUUUUUAACAAUGUGCAAUACUACAUAGACACCCCUGUGAAAAUGAGAGAACGAGGAUUUGCACAGAAAAGACUGCAACUUCUCUCUGAUGUCACAGGCGCAUUCAGACCUGGUAUUCUUACCGCAUUGAUGGGUGUGAGUGGAGCUGGGAAAACUACUCUUAUGGAUGUCCUUUGUGGGAGAAAAACUACUGGCUAUAUUGAAGGAGAAAUCAAAGUUGGUGGUUAUCCUAAGGUUCAAGAAACAUUUGCAAGAAUCUCUGGUUACUGUGAGCAAACGGACAUACAUACCCCACAAAUCACUGUGGAAGAGUCUGUUAUUUUUUCCGCUUGGCUUCGUUUAGAUCCUCAGAUUGACUCAAAACGUAAAACGGAAUUUGUCAAUGAAGUCCUGGAGACGAUCGAGCUUGAUGGAAUAAAAGAUUCUUUAGUGGGCAUACCUGGUGUUAAUGGUCUAUCCACAGAGCAACGAAAACGAGUCACAAUCGCUGUAGAGCUUGUUGCAAAUCCUUCCAUAAUCUUUAUGGAUGAGCCUACAACAGGACUUGAUGCCAGAGCUGCUGCGAUUGUCAUGCGAGCAGUGAAGAAUGUAGUUGACACAGGACGAACAAUAGUUUGCACUAUCCACCAACCCAGCAUUGACAUAUUUGAGGCUUUUGAUGAGUUGGUUUUAUUAAAAACUGGUGGAAGGCUGAUUUACUCAGGACCCUUGGGACAUAACUCAAGCAAAAUUAUAGAAUACUUCGAGAGUAUUCCAGGGGUGCCAAAGAUUAAGAGCAACUACAAUCCGGCUACAUGGAUGCUAGAGGUGACUUCUACCGCAGCUGAAGCUGAACUUGGCAUUGAUUUUGCUCUAAUAUAUAGAGACUCGACAAUUUAUGAGACCAAUGAAGAGCUUGUAAAGCAGUUGAGCACUCCAUCUCCCGGUACAAGUGACUUGCACUUCUCCUCCCAAUUCUCACAGAACAGGUGGGGACAAUUCAAGUCAUGUCUCUGGAAGCAGUGCUUGUCCUAUUGGAGAAGUCCUCCUUACAACUUGACUCGUAUCCUCCACAAUGUUGCUGCGUCUUUUCUCUUUGGGCUACUGUUCUGGAAGCAAGGGAAGAAACUAAACAACCAGCAGAACUUAUUCAAUGUAUUUGGGUCAAUGUAUAUAGCCGUGAUCUUCUUGGGCAUAAGCAAUUGCUCAUCAGUACUCCAGUAUAUUGCUAUGGAACGGACCGUCAUGUAUCGUGAGAGAUUUGCAGGGAUGUACUCUUCAUGGGCUUUUUCACUAGCACAGGUUGUUGUUGAGAUACCAUAUAUACUAGCCCAAGCAAUUUUCUUUGUGAUCAUCACCUAUCCGAUGAUUGGUUAUUUCGGGUCAGCAGACAAGAUUUUCUGGUACUUUUAUGUCAUGUUCUGCUCAUUGCUGUCAUUCAAUUACCUCGGAAUGCUGCUCGUGUCCCUGACACCAAAUUUCAUGGUGGCUGCAAUUCUACAAUCUGCCUUCUACGCAAAUUUUAAUCUUUUUGCUGGGUUUUUGAUCCCAAAACCGAGAAUUCCAAAGUGGUGGAUCUGGUUGUACUAUGUGUGUCCAACAUCGUGGGCACUUAAUGGUAUGCUAAGUUCGCAGUAUGGAGAUAUCAAUAAGAGAAUAGAGGCAUUUGGAGAAACCAAAACUGUGGCGGCCUUCUUGGAGGAUUAUUUCGGAUUUCACCAUGAUCAAUUAUAUGUCGUGGCCAUCGUUCUCGUCGCCUUUCCUUUUGCUCUAGCAACUCUUUUUGCAUUGUGUAUGGGGCACUUGAACUUCCAGAAAAGGUGACAUCAUAAUUCUUUGUUAGUAUCACAGUGUAAAAUGUAGUUGUACAAUCCUCAAAACUAGCCAAAUAAAGUGAAUAGGUUUUUGUGACAAUGGAGUGGCCACAUUGAAACGAUUAGUAUUCUGGAUUUAGAAGUGUAUUAGUUUCAGCAUGGCCAAUUUGUACAAGUUUAGAGGAGGAUUCAGUGCUAGACAGUAAUGAAUAUAAUCUCAUGUGAAAUCUCUCCAAGUUCCUGGAACUCUCUCUUGUUGUCAAUUUGUGAUGAUGAAGGAGAGUCGGAGGGCAUCUCUCAGCUUCAGCUAAUUUUAGGUCUCUAACUGUUACACAAUAGAAGCACGUCUUUAAUUCUGAGAGCUUAGAGAAACAAAAGUACGGCGACUUUUGAUAUCGUUUUGAUGCUAAACACCCAUAUGUCUCUGAUAAAGACAGGUCCGAAUCUAUAAUAAUAAUUCACAGACAAAGUGAAACUAACUAAAGCAACUAUGUGUCUGAGCAUGACAAGAAAAUCUCGAGUAAAGAAAAGGCAGUGAACUCUGAGGAUAAAGCUUAGAGCACAAUGGUAUGCAGAAACUGGUUGUUUCCGAUGCAAUUAAGACAGACAUCCAAGUAGAACAGGCCAAAAAUGGGAUGUGAAACAACAUUCUUGGCACUCUGUUGCAACACCUUCCACAGAUAUUGGCACACAAGUUACCAGGUUUGAAGCAGUAGAAUCUGCGAAGGGUUGAUAACGAACAUAGAAAGAAACAGAAGAAAAGGCGCGUUGUUGUCAUCUCCUGAAAACAGAAGACCCUUCACCAUUAGAUUUUUAAUUAGAGUAAGCACUGCCUGUCAGGCAAUUGUGUCAAUCUCUCAUUGCCCUCAUUCCGCUAUACUUUGUCGAGCAAUUUGAAGUGUUCAUGGUAUGUAAUUACAUAUGUCAUGAAGAAUUGACCGAAAGCUAAUUUUGCUGCAAAUGCACUAGCCUCUUAACAUUUACAUUUUCUACCUGUUCUAUUUCUUUUGGUAGCUGCUGCACUACACUUCAUUAUAGAGGCACUACAGUAUCACUACAAAUUUCAUGAGGAAACAUAUUAUAUUUGUGACUCAUUUGUUACCUCAGCUUUUUAAAGGAUGUUGGAUAUUGUCUCUCCAAUGCCUUUAGUUUUUCCUUCGCCAUUAAAUCUGCGUUCAUUGAGUCUACUUCUUCCCUUAAAUGUUCAGUUUCUUCCAGUAGUUUUGUAAAAGGGGGCCCCUCUCUGUCAGCUGCAGUUUCCGUCAAUAGUUUUCAAGGAUUUUCUAAAGUACGGAAACUAACUUUAUAGAUAGUUUCAUGUGCUUACGCUUUUGACCUUUGUGGUGAAGAUGACAUCUACUAUGUUUGCUAAAUUGGUUAUGAUCAUUGGUGCCCUGAAAAGAUUCAUUUUCUUAAAACUCGCGUUACCCUUGAAUCUG